UCAGCGACUUAUAGCGGGACUGCGGCAGGCAUUCUGACACUGGGGGGAAUUGACUUGGUGUCACUGACAUCCCCAGUGACACCAAUACAGUGAUCAGUGGUAAUAAAAAGCACUGACACUGUACUAAUGGCACUGGGCAGGAAGGGGUUAACAUCUGGGGCGAUCAAAGGGUUAACUGUGUGCUGGGUGUGUUUUACUAUGGGGCUGUGUCUUGUUUUGCUAGGGGGCUGUUUGUUGGUGCUUCACUGUAACCACACUGCUUUGGAUGGCUGUGCUGUGCACAAACAUCCAGAGCAACAAACAAAGCAGUCCUCCUUCCCGUCGGAGAUGCUUGGUAAUCACCAGGCACCGGCGGGUAAUCACUGUCCGGGACCCGGUGACUGACAGCCGCAGCCGCGAUUGUGGCGCGGGUA